AUUAGCAAGGCAUCUACAAAAAGAGGCACAGUCUCAGCACAACAACUCAGAAUUCACAGAAGAUCAAAAGAAAACCAUAGCUAAAAUUGCAACAUGCUUGGAACUGAGAAGUGCAGCUUUACAGUCCACCCAAUCACAGGAUGAAUUUAAGCUUGAGGAUCUGAAGAAGUUGGAACCAAUCUUAAAGAAUAUCCUCACUUACAAUAAGGAGUUCCCCUUUGAUGUUCAGCCUGUCCCACUCAGGAAGAUUUUAGCACCUGGAGAAGAGGAACACUUGGAGUUUGAGGAGGAUGAUGAGGAAGGAGGAGCUGGAGCAGGGUCUCCAGACUCUUUUCCUGCUAGAGUUCCAGGUACUUUAUUACCCAGAUUGCCAUCUGAACCCGGGAUGACAUUACUCACCAUCAACAUAGAGAAAAUUGGUCUGAAAGAUGCUGGGCAGUGCAUUGAUCCUUACAUCACAGUCAGUGUAAAGGAUUUGAAUGGGAUAGAUCUGACUCCUGUGCAAGAUACUCCUGUGGCUUUAAGGAAGGAGGACACAUAUGUCCAUUUUAAUGUGGACAUUGAGAUUCAGAAACACAUUGAAAAACUAACAAAAGGUGCAGCUAUUUUCUUUGAAUUCAAACACUACAAGCCUAAGAAGAGGUUUACUAGCACCAAGUGCUUUGCUUUCAUGGAGAUGGAUGAAAUUAAACCUGGGGCAAUUGUUAUAGAACUGUACAAAAAACCCACUGACUUUAAAAGGAAGAAAUUGCAACUGUUGACCAAGAAACCACUUUACCUUCACCUCCAUCAAACAUUGCACAAGGAAUGACCCUAGUUGUGAGACUUCUGUGAACUGAACCACAAGUCAUGGUAGCUGUGUGUAGUAGCCUUAGCCUUCGAGUGGCAGGAAGGUGACUGUAUUCAUGCCAGUAGGUCAGACGGGACCAUCACACACUGCACAGCACUACUUCAGGGUCAGAGGCAAGCCCACCAUUCAAGUGCAAGCCUUUUUCAGUACCUUCCAGAUACAGGUUUUUCUGAGAGCCCUGAAAUAUGUUGACUGCUUUUCCUAAUUUUGCUGUUCAUCACUUUCUAUCUUAACCGUUAUUAUCCUUUUGCCUCAAACUCCACCCAAGGAUGGAGACUGCCCCUUUGCCAAACCUGUAGCAAUAAAGUUGUGGCAGGCCUACUAACCUGUUUACACUUGCUGUGCUAUUGUAGUUCCUCUCAUCUGCAUUUCGGAGUCCUCUGUAGUGGGCUGGGUGGCAGAAGACCAGGAGAAAAGAUGAAGUGGGACAGGAAGGAGCUUGAGGUACUGCAAGUAAGUGAUGCAGAGUGACAGAGAGGAGGACACUGGGUCAUGUGGGGUGGCCACAGAAGGGCUCCUCAGUCAGCUCUUCUGCUUUGGCCAGGCCAGGAGGAGGACAACUGCAGAUGAGAAUGCUGAACUAUGAUUUUAGCAGCCUUGCCUGAUCCACUCGUACUGAAUUUUGGAUACGAUACAUGUUACAAUCCUUUAAAUCACCAUUACUCCCUAAUAGAGCUAGUUUUUCUGUAUCUUGUCACAGAGUCAUUUACAAAGGGGGAGGGGGGGGCGGGGCAGAGAGAGGCUUCCUCCAGGGCUUCAUCCUCAUGGCAGUGGGUGUUUCACAGUCUCGGUGAUGGCAGGACAGGCCUCUCCGUGCCAGUUUUCCAGAGCUUUUGUUGAAGUAGAUCUGGCUAGCAGGUUGACCCACCUUUUACAUGAAACUGCUGUUCUUAUGGAAACUGAUUGUAUGCAGUUCUCUGCAUAUUUUGUGCAAGUCUGGAAACUUACUCUAAAAAUUACCUUUUUAUGUAAGUAGAUAGGAUUAUCAUUUAUUUUCUAUAUUUUUGGUGUGUAAUAAGCUGCAGGACAUUGGCUUAUUAUGACACACUUGCAUUCACUUUUUGACCUAAUAAAGGGACAGAAGUAGAACCCAGUCAAAUCUUUCAUAUAUUUGCGUGGAUAUUUAAUACAAUACUUUAAGGUUUGAUAUAUUUCUUGCAUUUGUAACUAGUGCCUAAAUACUCUGCUAUGCUACCAACAGACCCAGCUCCCCAAACAGUGUCAAAUAGUAGGUUUAUUCUAAACAGUCUGGAUGCAGAUGUAUCACCAAGGCCUCUUUUCUGUCACAUGACCCUAAGAUGUUACCUUGAUUUAAUGAAAGGGAUGUUACUUUUCCUCAUGAUCUUUGUCUGGCUGUAGGCAGGUAGUUCAGCAUUUUUGGCUUACCCUAAUCACUAUGAUAAAAAAAGCUCUUUUUGAAUGUCCU